AUGUCUUCAAACAAGGACGCGACUUCCACCCCUCAGUCCUACAUGGACAAAGCCACCGGCGCAGUCCAGAGCGCCAUCGGUUCUCUCACAGGCAGCACCGCCGACAAGGCCCAAGGCGAAAACCGCAAAGAUGCCGCCGCCGCCGAACACGACCUCUCCCACUCCGCCGCCAAAGCCGGUCCCUUCUCCGUAACCCCCUCGGGCGGCGUCGCAAAAGACAACUCGGACCGCACCCAAGGCUCAUGGAACCAAAACAUGGGUGCCGCGAAGGAAGCGCUCGGUGGCCUCACCGGCGCCGAGGGCCUCAAGCAGCAGGGCAUCCAGCAGAACAAGGAGGGCAAGGAGCAGGAAGCUGCGGGCCAGGUCAACGAUCUCGGAAAGGGGAUUGGCGAUAGGCUUGGGGGUGCGGUGGGUGGUGCUGUUGCGGGACUGACGGGUAAUGCGGCGCAGAAGGAGGAGGCGCAGAAGCAGCACGAUGAGGGGAAGGCGCGGCAGAGGGGUGUUGAGGCGGAUCUGCAGAAGCAGGUUGAGGCUGAGAAGAGGUCUUGA